AAUAAAUACAAAAUUUCUUCUCAUUAUAGACAGAGCUUGGUUAGAGUUGCUCUAACUCCAACCAAAUUCCAGUGAGAUAGAUCUGUUGACUGGGUUUCCUGCGUAAAUUUGUUUUCCACUACUUUUUCCUUCGUUUCUUCUACUAGCGUUAAAGUUUUGAUCCAAAUCCCGACUCAAAGAACUCGUACCGAUCGAGAUUCGAAGAGCCGGGCGAGAAAUCGAGAGAGAGAGAGAGAGAAUGGAGGUGGAUGGUGGUGCUCCGUUGGACGACAAAGCCAAGAGAAUGAGAGAUCUGUUGUCGAGCUUCUACUCCGCAGAUCCUCCUCCUUCAAUGCCCUCAAAUACUUCUUCCAGAUACGCCACGCUUGACACCAUCAACACCACUUCUUUCGACGCCGAACAAUACAUGAAUCUCCUCGUACAAAAGUCAAAUUUAGAGAACCUGCUUCAGAGACAUGUUGAGAUGGCUGCUGAGAUUAAAAAUCUUGACACUGACUUGCAAAUGUUAGUGUAUGAAAACUACAACAAGUUUAUAAGUGCCACAGAUACAAUUAAGAGGAUGAAGAAUAACAUUGUGGGCAUGGAAUCAAAUAUGGAGCAGCUUCUUGAGAAGAUAAUAUCUGUGCAAUCUCGAAGUGAUGGGGUGAAUACUUCUCUCUUUGAAAAGAGAGAGCAUAUAGAGAAAUUGCAUCGAACUCGCAAUCUUCUGCGUAAAGUCCAGUUCAUAUAUGAUCUACCUUCUAGGCUUGGAAAGUGCAUAAAAUCAGAAGCUUAUGCUGAUGCAGUCAAGUAUUAUACAGGUGCAAUGCCAAUUUUUAAGGCAUAUGGGAACACAUCAUUCCAGGAUUGUAAGAGAGCAUCUGAAGAAGCAAUUUCUAUAAUUAAGAAGAACUUGCAGGGAAAGCUAUUCUCAGAUACUGAAUCCAUACAGGCAAGAGCUGAGGCUGCAAUGCUUCUUAAGCAGUUGGACUUCCCGGUUGAUAGCUUGAAGGCCAAACUCCUUGAAAAGUUAGAGCAAUCCAUUGACGAUCUCCGACCUGAAUCUAGAGAUAUAAGCAAUGCUUCUGUGGAUUGUGAUGAACCUUCUAAACAGGAAAUUUUUAUUGAUUCAGUCCCUUCUACUGCUCAUCAGGCUUCUACUCAUGAGUUUGUGGAAGCUCUCCGUGCUUAUCGAGUAAUAUUCCCUGAUUCGGAGCAGCAACUAAUCAAACUGGCACAAAACCUAGUUACUAAGAACUUUGAGGUCACUCAACAACAAAUCAGGAGACAGAUUCGUUCGGUAGACCUGUUGGGAAUGCUUCAGGCAAUUUGGACUGAUGUGCUCUUGAUGGAUGAAGUAUUACCCGAGGCUGCUCUCUCUGCUUUUUCUAUAGAGGCUGCCCAUGUUGCAGUCAAACAGUACAUUGAUAGCAGAUUUUCUCAUCUGCUACUUACCAUCUCAGAUGCCCUUACAAAAGUCCAAUGUAGACCGAAGGAGGGAGUAGAAGAAGAAUAUACUUUGGAGUCUGCCCUUGGUGCUAGCAAAAAAGCAGUAACCGAAGGCAGUAUGGAUGUCCUACAGGACUUCCGCCAACUCCUUGAUGAUGACCUAGGACUGCUGGUGAAGUUGAGAGCUUUACUUAAUGACUGGGUGCAGGAAGGAUUUCAAGAUUUUUUCAGAAAACUUGACAAUCACUUCCUCUUGCUUUCUGGAAAGAUCAAUUCAACUGGUCAAGAUCAAGGUUUGACAGAGGGAACACAGAAGGAAAAAAUUAUAUCUGGGCUUCUUGUUGUGCUAGCUCAACUUUCUGUUUUCAUCGAACAAAGUGCCAUCCCAAGAAUUACAGAGGAAAUAGCUGCCUCUUUUUCUGCUGGUGGUGCUCGAGGCUACGAAUAUGGUCCUGCUUUUGUUCCUGCAGAAAUUUGUCGAAUAUUUCGGUCAGCCGGUGAAAAGUUUUUGCACCUUUAUAUCAAUAUGAGAACUCAAAAGAUAUCAGUUCUCCUAAGGAAGAGGUUUACAACACCAAAUUGGGUCAAGCACAAAGAACCGAGAGAAGUUCACAUGUUCGUUGAUCUGUUUCUUCAAGAGUUGGAAGCAAUAGGAACCGAAGUUAAGCAAAUUUUACCUCAAGGGAUUCAUCGUAAACAUCAUCGAACGGACAGCAAUGGAAGCACGACGUCUUCACGCAGCAAUCCAUUACGAGAUGAUAGAAUAAUCCGGUCAAAUACCCAAAGGGGCAGGAGCCAGCUUCUGGAGACCCAUCUAGCGAAGUUGUUUAAGCAAAAAAUGGAAAUUUUCACAAAAGUUGAACAUACGCAGGAGUCAGUGGUAACAACAAUCGUAAAAUUUUGCCUGAAGAGUUUACAAGAGUUUGUCCGACUCCAGACCUUUAACCGUAGUGGAUUCCAGCAAAUACAGCUGGACAUUCAGUUCCUGAGGACCACUUUAAAGGAAACUGCUGAAGACGAAGCUGCCAUUGAUUUCCUACUCGAUGAGGUGAUUGUUGCUGCUGCGGAGCGAUGUCUUGAUCCAAUUCCCUUGGAACCCCCCAUCUUGGACAAGCUCAUACAAGCAAAGUUGGCCAAGAACUCAGAACAGAGCCCAGCUUCUUCGUCCUUGCAUGGAUUUUCAAGUCCGUAAUGCUAAUGCUCUGUGCUGUAGGGGCAACACAUUAGCUACAGCAGUUGUGUUUGAUGAUCCAAAUGAGAUACAGGCAUCUCAAGUAAACAAUAAUGUCUUGAAAGUUAGACAAACCAAGUUCAAGCUUGUUUGGAUUCGCUACAGUUCCCUACAUGGGAGGUAGCAAAGUUUUCGAAACUACCACUUUUAGUAUGAUCAAGAAAGUGGCACUGGGUGAUGCAGCGUUCACAGUCUGGAUUUGCACCCAAAAGUUCUUGGAACUUCGAUGUCCAGUUAUGUUGAAGUUUGUAAUGUGUAAUCAUUUUGGCCUCACUGGAAAUACGAUGCCCCGAGCAUUAUUCCCUCUGGACUUUCUAGUGUUUGUGGUAUAGUUUGCUCUGAUAUCAUACGCAUACAAACUAAGGAUGAUUCGUCUGAAAUCCUCUGAAAUGAAAUUUUCUCCUUUUCUA